GACGAAGUUCCGCAGCCUUAAAUAAAAGACCAUCGGGUCGUCGGCAUCCGUUUUGCGUGCCAGACACAUUCUUCUCUUGCACUACAUUUUCCGCUCUUUACAACCCAUUCUACCACCAGGAAUUGUAUCGCGAUCCGUCAAAGAAAUUCCGUACGACUUCCAACCUCGUUGAACACCACUCGCCAGCAUGGCCCAACCGAACGGAAGCGCGCAGGGCGCAGGCAUUGCCGUGCUGCAGAAGCUCGACAUCACCGAGCACGAAGCCCCUAGCGAUUCAUACCCGCCUAUUUCCUCUAUCCAAUCGACCUGCUCCAAGAGAUUAUUCGCAGCUGAAAACGAGCGAACAAGCAACUCCGAUGACCUCGCCAGCGACACAGUCCUGUACCUGGCCUAUGGCUCCAACAUGUCGGCGCAAACCUUUCUAGGAAUGCGCAAGAUCCGUCCGUUAUCUGAAAUGAAUGUUUCCGUUCCGACCUUGAAACUCAACUUUAGUCUUCCUGGAAUUGCGUACCAGGAACCGUGUUUUGCCAACGUUGAAUAUCGCGAACCGUCGGAGAAGGAGCAGCUACAACUCAAUGGAAAAUGGGAUGGUCGACUACUAGGUGUCGUCUAUGAGGUCACAAAAGCAGAUUACAGAAAUAUUAUGCGAACGGAGGGCGGCGGUACAAGUUACCAGGAAAUUAUUGUUCCUUGUGUGCCUAUACCUACCGACGGCGAUGCUAGCAAGCUGCCGAAAACGUUCAUGGCGCGAACGCUGUAUGCCCCGAGACUACCAAAGGGUCAAGACCCAUGCGACAGAAGCUGGUGGGAGAGACUCACAACAGGCCCUUACCGCCACGACUCGUACUAUGCACAGCCAAGUCUGAGAUAUCUCAACUUGCUUCGCACUGGUGCCGAAGAACAUGGACUGCCUGGAUUUUAUCAAGAUUAUCUGCAAAACUUGCAGCCGUUUACCAAGACAACGAUGGCUCAGAGAGUUGGCGGCACCCUGUAUCUAUUGGCCUGGGGUCCUAUUAUUUUGCUCAUUAUGAAGUUGUCCUCACUGUUUGCCGAUGAAAGAGGUCGUGCGCCAAAGCCCCUCGGAACCAUGGCUACCAUGUCGUUCAAUAUGGCUUGGAUGAGCUAUGACAGUGUAUAUACGCGCAUGUUUGGUGAAGGCGAGAGGACGCAAGAAUCAGAAACAUCGUCGGCGGGUCAAAUAAAGACGGAAGAGGGGAGCCAGCUUCGCUAAAGUUAAAAGACAUCGAGUGUAUUAUUAGAGUUCUUUAGCAUGAUACAGACGUCACUAAUAAAUCGUCCACUUUGUAUAUAACGUUAACAUUUACCCAUCUUGACUGAUUCGCAAUUCACAUGAUGGGGUCUUCGGCGCUAGGGGUUGCCGUCACAUCAUAACGGACACACCCGUUCAUUACAUUCAGGGGAACAAGAUAUCGAUCGGAGAAUACGCUGCGGCCGGCAGACCGAUUCUCCGGCCCAUGAUUCUCGCAGCCGUGACGGAGCCAAGCGAGUUGGCAUAUGCAGCC